AUGUUGCCGAUUGAGAAACCUACCGACAUACAGUCUGCAGAUCAACCUCAUUCCUUACACAAAAAAGCAUGGCAGGAUCCGAAGAGAAAAUAUGACGACUGGAAAAAGGAGACCCUUCCGGUCAAUGGACCAUCAGUAGACGCUGAGGAAAGAUUUACUUCUACCGUUGUUUGUUCAUAUCUAUCUAUCUAUCUAUCUAUCUAUCUAUCUAUCUAUCUAAACUCAAUGUGUUUAUAUCUAUCUAUCUAUCUAUCUAUCUAUCUAUCUAUCUAUCUAUCACAGUGUGUACCUAUCUAUCUAUCUAUCUAUCUAUCUAUCUAUCUAUCUAUCUAUCUAUCUCUCUAUCACAGUGUGUACAUAUCUAUCUAUCUAAACUAUCUCAAUGUGUUUAUAUCUAUCUAUCUAUCAAUCUAUCUAUCUAUCUAUCUAACACAGUGUGUACAUAUCUAUCUAUCUAUCUACAAGCUAUAUCUAUCUAUCUAUCUAUCUAUCUAUCUAUCUAUCUAUCUAUCUAUCAUUAGUCUGUUAAUAUCUAUCAUAAUCUGUUCCUAUCUAUCUAUCUAUCUAUCUAUCUAUCUAUCUAUCUAUCUAUCAUUAUCUAUCUAUCUAUCUAAUCUGUUCUAUCUAUCUAUCUAUCUAUCAUUAAUCUAUGGGUUUGUUUCGGACAUAUCAUUAAAAAAUGUACAUUCAAUCUAUCUGAAUUCUAUCUAUCUAUCUAUCUAUCUAUCUAUCAUUAGUCUGUUCAUAUCUAUCAUAAUCUGUUCCUAUCUAUCUAUCUAUCUAUCUAUCUAUCUAUCUAUCUAUCUAUCUAUUAGUCUGUUCAUAUCUAUCAUAAUCUGUUCAUAUCUAUCUAUCUAUAUCUAUCUAUCUAUCUAUCAAUGUGUUUAUAUCCAUCUAUCUAUCUAUCUAUCUAUCUAUUAUCACAGUUCUGUUCAUAUCUAUCAUAAUCUGUUCCUAUCUAUCUAUCUAUCUAUCAUUAAUCUGUUCAUAUCUAUCAUAAUCUGUUCCUAUCUAUCUAUCUAUCUAUCUAUCUAUCUAUCUAUCUAUCUAUCUAUCUAUCUAUCAUUACUAUCUAUUGAUCUAAAAUCAAUCUAUCUAUCUAUCUAUCUAUCUAUCUAUCUAUCUAUCUAUCUAUCUAUCUAUCUAUCUAUCACAGUGUGUACAUAUCUAUCUAUCUAUCUACAAGCUAUUCAUAUCCAUCGCAAUAUAUGUCUAUCUAUCUAUCUAUCUAUCUAUCUAUCUAUCUAUCUAUCUAUCUAUCUAUCUAUCAUUAGUCUGUUAAUAUCUAUCAUAAUCUAUCUAUCUAUCUAUCUAUCUAUCUAUCAUCUAUCUUCUGUUCAUAUCUAUCAUAAUCUGUUCCUAUCUAUCUAUCUAUCUAUCUAUCUAUCUAUCUAUCUAUCUAUCUAUCUAUUAGUCUGUUCAUAUCUAUUAAUCUUAUCUAUUGAUCUAUCUAUCUAUCUAUCUAUCUAUCUAUCUAUCUAUCUAUCUAUCUAUCUAUCAUUUUCAUAUCCAUCUAUCUAUCUAUCUAUCAUUAUCUAUCUAUUCAUCAUCUAUCAUCAAUCUGUUUAUCUAUCUAUCUGUUCUAUCUAUCUAUCUAUCUAUCUAUCUAUUAGUCUGUUCAUAUCUAUCAUAAUCUGUUCCUAUCUAUCUAUCUAUCUAUCUAUCUAUCUAUCUAUCUAUCAUUAUCUAUCCAUCUAUCAUAUCUAUCUAUCUAUCUAUCUAUCUAUCUAUCUAUCUAUCUAUCUAUCUAUCUAUCUAUCUAUCUAUCUAUCUAUCUAUCUAUCUAUCUAUCACAUUUCCUAUAUCUAUCAUAGUCUUUGCAUAACUAUCUAUCAAAACUCUCGCAAUCUGUUCCUCUAUGCAUCUAUGUAUCUAUCUAAAUUCUGUCAAUCUCUUCACAUCUAUCUAUCUAUCUAUCUAUCUAUCUAUCUAUCUAUCUAUCUAUCUAUCUAUCUAUCUAUCUAUCUAUCUAAUUCACCCAAAAAUACAUAG